CGCUCUGGUCUGUGUGAAGGCGGAAGUGCGGAAGCGCUGUUGGAGAUGGAGCGGAGCGGAGCAUGGAGCUCGUGUCCGGUCUGCUGAGCCGAGUCUGGCUUUUGGCGGGACUCUCUGACGCGACAGAUGACAAGAGAAGCAAGAAGAUGGAGGAAAAAGCGCUGGAGGUGUACGACGUGAUUCGGACGAUCCGUGACCCGGAGAAGCCCAACACUCUGGAGGAGCUGGACGUGGUGACGGAGAAGUGUGUGGAGGUGCAGGAGCUCGGAGACGACGAGUAUCUGAUCAUCAUCAGGUUCUCCCCAACCGUCCCGCACUGCUCUCUGGCCACUCUGAUCGGUCUGUGCUUACAAGUCAAGCUUCAACGCUGCCUGCCGUUCAAGCACAAGCUGGAGAUUUACAUAACUGAGGGAACGCACUCGACCGAGGAGGAUAUUAACAAGCAGAUCAAUGAUAAGGAGCGCGUGGCGGCCGCCAUGGAGAACCCCAGCCUGCGGGAGAUGGUGGAGCAGUGCGUGACCGAACCGGACGACUGACUCCGACUUCUCCAACAGACUGUCUGAUGAAACUCUGUCAGACAGCAGAAGGAUGAGAGAUGGAGGUCUCUGGCCUUUCCGUCGGUCUUUGUGUUUGUUUGAGUUAUUGAAGAACAGCAUUCCUCAAGCUGAGAGACAAAACACAGCCACUUCCUGUUGAGCUUCCUGACUAAACGAGCAAAAUGUUGCAUCAAACCACAAAAGAAACAAUAUUUCUCCCAGGAAUUGAGAGAAGAACUAACCCUUGUGUCCUCAUCUGACUUUUUGUUUUGCACCACAGAACGUCUGAGCUUUGGUUUCUGUACGUAACAUGCUCCAAAAGAUACGAAAAGCAUUAAAAAUUGUCAUUUAUGAGCCCGAGUAUGACAUUUGAGACUCAUGACCUAAAAGCAAUGCUUUAUGAUGCUAUAAUGAUGCUUUUAUAAUAGCUUUGGCACUCAUCUGCAUCUGUCCUCAUUCACUUUGACUGUAUGGAAAAGAGCAGCUUGGACAUUCUGUGUAGUAUCACGCAUUUAGUUCUCCACGAAUGAAAGUCGUAAAUUAUGAUAAGUUUAAUGUUUGAGAAGAAAGAAAAACAAAUGUCAGAGCUCGGCUAUCGAUCCUGCAGAUUAUAUGUGAAAUGAACUAAAAAAAAAAUUUUGUUUGUAAAUAAUUAGAUUUUAUAAGGUUAAAGUCUAUAUUUGUAGAACUCAAGAUCUUACGAAUAAAAACCUUCUCAAAAGAA